UCGCGAACUCCCCUUCGUCGUCGUUGAGCGAGCCGCUGAGCGAGGAAGAGUCCGGAAAGCAUACGAGACGAGCCCGCAAAGACGACGACGACGACGAGGCCGAGGAGGACCCGAUGCUGAUCACACGCGGCGCGCGAAGCAAACAGAAGGCCGCCGAGGAGGACAAUGUAGAUGAGCUACAAGACGACGAGGAGGAUGCAGAGGGUGAGGAAGAGGACGCAGAGGGAGAGGAGGAAGAGGAAGAGGAGGAAGAGACGGCUGCGGAUGGACGAGACGACGACGAUGACGACGAUGCGAUGGAAGACGAGGAAGACGAGGAAGAGGAAGACGAGGUCGAAGACGACGAAGAGGAAGAGGCGGAAGAUCUCGAGGCUGGCGAUGGCGAUGACUAUUCUGACGAAGAGGUGGAUGCGACCAGGGCUGUAAAGGGUUCCAGACGCAAGCCUCCGGCACGAGCUGCAGCUACGAGCGCAAAGGGAGCCUCUGGCGCGCGCAAGCGAAGAACGGCCAUGAGCGAGGCCAGUGCUAGCCCAAGCCCGGCCCAAAGCAAAGGUACAGCGACAGCAAGGAACAAGAAGAAGAUCACAAUCCGGCUCAGCCCAGGAAAGAAGAAAGGCACAGGUUCAACGCCAGGCAGGAAGGCAACAUCCAAGAGGGCAGCGACUACCGCUGCAAAAGGAAGAUUAUCGACAUUGAAAAGGGCCGCGGCGAGAGGCGUGAGCGCUUCGGAAGACGAGGAAGAAGAAGAGGAGGAGGAAUUGGAUGACGACGACGAAGAAGAGCAGGAUGACAUCCAGGCCGGCUCGGAUGCCUCGGACGAAGAUUUUGCAAACGUGGCCCUGUCCUUGCCCAAGACGGCGAGGCAACGAGCAAAAGAGGCCGGCAGCGGUGGAGACCAAUCCAGUGAGCUCAUGGAGCUGCCCGCCGAAUCCAAAAAGCAGAAGCUUUCCGAGUCCGAGCUGGCCCUGCGCAGGUCUGAGUUGGCCCGAAAGCGGCGCAAUCAGACGGAGAAGAAGCUCGAAGACGACAAAAUCGAGACCAUCAAUCGCCUCCUCAAGAAGCAAGUCUCGAGGCGGUCCAACCGAGAGGGCAACAACGCUGUUGCAGAUGAUUCAGACGCAGAGGAAACGAGCGAGAGCGGGGCCGUGGAGAAGCAGGGCAAGAGAAAGCGGACCCCUAGCCCGACGGCGGAGGAUCUCAAGAACCGCCCGAGACCGUACUUUCGCUAUGUCUCGAGAGCGGACGGGGCCACACUGAGUAUCCCACCUGUUGGCUCGGAGCCAGAAGACCAAAGUUACCUCCUCAAGUUCAACAGUGCAUUUGGACAGGCCGUCGGUAGCACAUCUUGAAGCUGUACAUGCAACCCUUGACUACUCUCCUCCUUCAAUUUACUCAUACACACUUUCAGGCCCUUGCUGCUGCUUUUGAGCGACCAUGUGGACG